UUUUAACAGUAAAACAGGGAAGCAGGUAUGAAGGUAUUAAAUGCACCCGCUACUAUUUUCUAUAUAAAAUUAACAACUUAUAACAUAUUUUUAUCAAGACUUCUAGCCUUUCACUUCCUGCGAGACUACCCGUGUCUUGAAGGUCUGUCUUUAGGCAAUCAAAAUAUACCCAAAAAAUAUGGGGUCGACCAUAAUGCAGUGAAACCAUGGUCACGUGACUGAGACACGUGAUGGAAACGCUAAUAUUGCGUAGGUAGACAUCAGGAAAUACCUACUUUCACUUUCAUUUUACAAGGCAGCUUCAAAUCAACUUUUGAAGCAUAUAACGUAGCUUAAAAUCAUCUGCGGACAUUCCUUUUUACAAUCAAGCAUCAAUAAAGCUUAUAUCUGGCAUGAAAAGGGCCUUUACUAGGCGGGAAAAUUGCACUAUAUAUUGAUAUGGACUACAUUCGAGUGGACCACGGAGGCAUAUCCGGCCAAUUGCCCCCUUCAUGCCAGCAUGUGAAGUUUACUUUUGUUUAACUACCUUUUGUUCAACGAUGAAGGGAUCUGAGACUUGUAAUACUGUUUACUGAUUUGAUAAUAUUCCUUGUUCCUUUGAUGGUUCAUUCCACUAUACAGCUGGUUCAUAUACCCUACAACAGCCAGGAAAUUGGCCUGUUUACUUUAAGAUCCCAAGAAAAUGUAACAUAUUUUGGAUGUGCUUUGAGGAGUCAGGAAUGCAAGUGUUUCCUCUUGUUUAACAAGCAACUCAGUUGGUUAAGGGGCAGACAACUUGUGAGCAUGGUACAUCACUACCUGUAUUGGUAUUCCAUUUUGACAAUGUUGCUAGCUAGAAUAGAAAUAACAUCUUGCUGUGGUACAGUCUGUGGAGACUUUUACUGGGAUAUCACAGAUCGAUUGAAUAUUCAACAAUGAUCACAGACCAUGCAAAGUUUAAAUCUGACUUGCACUUUUGAAUUUAGAAGAAUCUUUGGAGGAGGGUGAAUGCUGAGACCUUUAAUAAUACAUGAUAUUGCUGACACAGUGUGUCAGUCAUGAAAGAGGGCCAUAACACUGCACAGUUGGUCAACACAGAUUUAAAUCCUAUCACAUUCUACCAGUGGAGAAAUAUCUUAUCACAAUAUUUUAAACUUUUGAAGAAGAUAACAAGUAUUUACCAUUUUAUCAUGUCUGCAGAAACACUGGAUUGUUAGUGUUAAAAGUGACAGUCCAGUUAACUUACUAAAAUCUACUCCCCCUUGCUAAACGAAUAUUAUUGACAUGGAAUGACACAAGCCUGACAAUGGUACCUGUAUGAACUCAUAAGAGAAUAGUAUUUGUCUGAAAAGUGAAAGGAUUCUGUUUGUCCCAAACCACUUCAACUGAAAACUGAAAUUGUGAUUGGCGAGGAUUUUUCUGAGAACUGAAAAAAGGAAGUGAAUGUA